AAAAUAUCAGUCAAACGACAAUCCUCUAUCAGUAUUAAUGCAGGUUGCCCAUUUCGGUUUACAAGUCCAAGACAUUUUUGUGUUUUUUCUUUUCACUAAAAUAAACAUUUCAAGACAUGGCCGCAGGCAUUUUGCAAUGCAGAAGAUUUAUGUUGAAGUUUCUAGGUUUGUAUUUCUUCACCUAUUUGCAGUACUACUCUCAAAUUGCUGAGGCCAGAAUUCGGCAUUACAAAUGGGACGUGAAAUACGAGUACAAGUCCCCUGAUUGCUACAAGAAGCUGGUUAUCACUAUCAAUGGGAGAACUCCAGGACCCACAAUCGUAGCGCAGCAAGACGAUACGAUUAUUGUCGAGGUUAAGAACAGCCUGAUUACAGAAAACCUUGCAAUCCAUUGGCAUGGAAUCCGACAGCGUGAAACACCCUGGAGUGAUGGAACAGAGGGGGUGACUCAGUGCCCCAUAUUGCCUGGGGAGACUUUCAAAUACCAGUUUAAGGUCGAUAGGCCUGGGACUUAUCUGUACCACGCGCACUAUGGAAUGCAAAGAACAGCAGGAUUAUACGGAUUAAUCCGUGUAUCAGUUCCUGAUGGAGACUCAGAACCCUUUGCAUAUGAUUAUGAUCGAAGCAUAAUUCUGAAUGAUUGGUACCACAACAGCACUUACGAACAAGCCACUGGAUUGUCUUCCACUAAUUUUGUCUGGGUUGGGGAGCCUCAGUCACUUCUGAUUCAAGGAAAAGGAAAAUUCAACUGCUCCAGUACUGUUGCCAGUAGUCCAUCCUGGGUUUGUAAUGAAUCAAACCCAGAAUGCUCUCCUUAUUUAAUAACAGUAAUCCCGGGGAAAACAUAUCGACUAAGGAUCGCUAGCUUAACUGCUCUAUCCGCUCUUAGUUUUGAAAUAGAGGGCCAUACUAUGACCGUGGUUGAGGCAGAUGGACACUAUGUAGAGCCAUUUGUAGUGAAAAACCUUUACAUAUACUCUGGAGAGACAUACUCUGUCCUUAUAAAAGCCGAUCAAGCACCUUCAAGAAAUUAUUGGAUGACAACAAAUGUGGUUAGCCGCCUUCCUAAGACCUCCGCCGGCUUAGCCAUUCUCAACUACUACCCGAACCAUCCACGGCGAUCCCCUCCGACGGUUCCGCCAACUGGCCCUAUUUGGAAUGAUACCGAUCCCCGGUUGGCUCAAAGUCAAGCCAUCAAGUCUCACCAUAGUUACAUCCACAGCCCUCCCCCAUCAGAUAGAGUCAUGGUGUUUCUCAACACGCAAAACACCAUAGAUGGUUAUCGUCGUUGGUCUGUAAAUAAUGUCUCUUUCAACCUCCCCCACACCCCUUACCUUGUUGCACUUAAGCUGAACUUGCACCAUGUGUUCGAGCAGACUCGUCCUCCUACAGGGUACGACUUUAAGAACUACGACAUUUACAGCAAGCAGAACAACUCAAACGCAACUUCUAGCAAUGCCAUCUACCGAUUACAGUUCAAUGCCACAGUAGAUAUUAUACUGCAAAAUGCAAACACGAUGAAUGAUAACGAUAGUGAGACUCAUCCAUGGCAUCUCCACGGGCACGAUUUUUGGGUGCUAGGCCAUGGAAAAGGCAAGUUCGACAUCUACAAGGACCCGAGACAGUAUAAUUUGGCGAACCCAAUAAUGAAGAACACAGUGCCUCUUCAUCCAUAUGGUUGGACAGCGUUGAGGUUCAAGGCGGAUAACCCUGGUGUUUGGGCUUUCCAUUGCCAUAUAGAGUCUCACUUCUACAUGGGCAUGGGAGUUGUGUUUGAAGAAGGGAUAGAGAGGGUGGGAAAUUUGCCUUCAUCGAUUAUGGGCUGCGGUGAUACCAGAGGAUUGGGCAGGCCCUAGAUAAUUAAAACUACUUUUUUUUUUUUUUUUGGGUAACGGUGACCAAUUUUCCAGAAUAUUUUUAUUUUUAAUUUCUUUUUUUUGGAAUAGAAUAUUAGCAAACUCAAGAUCUACAGUUACAAC